AUGCAUUUGCACGCGUCAGAUUCGGCAUUAAAUUUCUCUGCUGAUCGCUGGGCUUGUGCCAGUGCCAGUGAUCUGCUACUGCUGCCGCUACUGCUACAGUGUCGGCGAGGGCUGCUGCUGCUGCUGCUGCUAAAGAGGAGAAAACCAUUGGAGAUUCCAAAUCUCCUAGAUCACCAGCUUUCGAUUUGCGUACCCAAUUCAGGGAGUCGGCACGCUCCGUCCAUGGAUUCCAGGAAAGGCAAAGGGAGACGGAAACAGAGAUCACCAAUAACGACGACGACGACGACACUCCUCUGCUGCUCUCUCAUCGCCUUUUUCUCCCUUUGGUCUCUGUUCGCCACUGCUCGCUCAGAUCUUGGAAAUCCAACAAGGAUUCCUCGAGUCCAGGGACGACGGCGGGGGCUGGGCGGCGGCAGCGGGAGGCCGGGAUCGUACCCUCCGCUGUGCGCGGCCAAGUGCGGAGCGUGCUCGCCGUGCAACCCGGUGCACGAGGCGGUGCGGCCGGGCCAGCCGGCGGUCGAGGAGUACUACCCGGAGGCGUGGCGGUGCAAGUGCGCCAAUAAGCUCUAUAUGCCCUGA